AUGUCGGCUACUCCCUCAACGCCUGGUGAACCGGGUAUACUCCAACAACCGGCCCCCACCCAGCAAUUAAACCGAUCCUGUGAAUCAUGUCGAGGUCUGAAGGUCCGCUGCCUUCCUGACCCCAAAUCUCCCAGUCAGUGUCUGCGAUGUGCUAAAGCCAAGAGAGCCUGCGUAUUCGUGGCACCCCAACGCAGACGACCACGCAAGCGAACCGAUUCGCGGGUUGCUCAGUUGGAGAGGGAGAUGCGACAGAUGCGCUCCCUUCUCAAGGACCGCUUCCGGAUCGAGGAAGAAAGUAGCUCGGAAAGCUCGGGUAGCGAAGUCGAGGAAUCAGAGGAACCUGACUUUGGGGCUGAUCCCCAAGAAACCUUAUCCAUUGUGCCGGAUGCCCCGAGCAGUGCUUCGGGAUCCUUCAGAAACAUGGAGCUCUCGCCGGGCGCUCCAGCAUCUUCUUCAUACCCAAACACUUUGAACAGUGGUUCUGAUGCAUUCGCAUCUGCCACGCCGAUCCCACCCUGCUAUGGUCUCGAAGGACCCUCAGGCGGCGACAUUAUCGAUCGGGGGUUAAUCUCGCUGGAAUUUGCCAAUGAAUUGGUGUCAUUUUAUAUCAGCGAGCUAACCGCUUUUGCCCCUAUGGUUCUGCUCCCUCCAAAUACCACAGCCUCACACCUGCGUCGGUCGAAGCCCAUGCUGUUUCUUUCCGUGAUUGCCGCCGCUGCGAUUGCUAUAGAUGAUAGUUUGGCUGCUGUCCUCAACCGCGAAUUGGUCCGACUCUACGCAGAACGGUUUUUCAUCAAUGGCGAUAAGUCAUUCGAGUUGGUUCAGGCAUUGCUCCUGAUGAUCGUCUUUUACUACCCGCCAGAAUCUCCGUUGAAACUGCAAAAUUAUCAGUAUACUCACAUCGCUGCUACCAUGGCCCUGGAGAUCGGGCUAGCCUCAAAACGUAAGGUGCCGAAUAAUGCAAGUCGCAAAGCGAGCAAGCGUGGUUCGUACGAUGAACACAUGGCGGAACAGGCCAGAGCAAUUCUGGGGUGUUAUCAUUUGGCCUCUAACGUUGCCAUGAAAACGCGCCGGCCCAACUUGCUCCUCUUCAACGACUGGAUGCAAGAAUGUGUAAAACACCUGGAGCGCUCACCCAAUAUGAUAGAUCGACACAUGGCUACCUGGUUCGAAUUGCAGAAGAUCGUUGACCAAGCUAUGGCUUCCUUCGGUCUUGAUGACACCAGCUCAACGACCCCGCUGACAGAAUCGCGAGUCCAGGCCAUAUUGAGAUGGUUCGAUAACCAAAUGCAGAAUUGGAAAAAGAAUAUUUCUGCGGACAUGCUCACAGGUAAUUUUCCUCGGUAUCUGGAAGAUCGGAAUGGUAGCGGGUUAAAGGCUGACCGUUUCUCUUUCUUGUUAGUGACCAUGACAUUUGAAUACCAUUUCACCAACCUCGCCAUUUACGAGCUCGGUGUUGGUGAAGGCUAUCGAGAUCCCGAUGCGAUUAAGCAACAAUAUUAUGCACUUCCAGCACCGGAGGAUGGCAACCAGCCGGCAAAGGCCCCUCUGAGCGCUAUUCGCGUAGACAUCACGAUCAAAUGGAUGAAUGCAGCUCAAGAGAUGCUCGACUUCUUCCUAAGUUGUGACACGGACUUGAUGCGGAAACUCCCCAAUCUCAUUUACACACGAGUCGGCGUAGCAGUCAUGUCACUUCUGAAGGUUUACUUUUCGGUCAAAUCAGGAGCCCUAGGCGAAUUCGUGAGCCCUCAAUCCAUCAAUAUGGAGAUGUACUUAGAGGCCAUGACGCGAAGGCUAACAGAGGCAAGCGGAAAUAUGAAGUAUAAGGUCCCAAGCCGGUGGUUAUACAUCGUCGGGGUGAAGGCUCGAAAUUGGUAUGACCGGUUCCAGCAGCGGCAGAUGCAGACAGAAGUCGGCCUCGCUCCACCGCUGAGUGCAAGUCCACAGCGCUCUGCGAGCCCGGCGCCUAUGCAAACUGCACAGUUCAGCUCGGCCGAUUCAUCGCAGCCAGUAGGAACCCUUGCAAUGAAUGCCGAAGUGCCGCAGAUCGCAGUUAUGCACCCUAUGGAUGGGGCCUAUGGAGCAUCAGCAGCCACGAACACGAUCUGGCAGGCUGAUCAAGCCAACCGGCAAGUUUUUCUCAUGAAUCAAUAUGCUGGCUACCACUCGCCUGUGGUACCAACCCAGUAUCCAUACGGAGAAUUUUCGCAGCAAGGUGUUGCAAUGGACCCCCCGCAGCAAGGCCAGCCACCCAUUCCUCCUCGAACAGGAAUGGAGCUAGAUGGCUGGCUUCCCGAUGGAAGUAUCUGCGGGAUGCCCCCAUUACCGGGGAUGUAG